GAGCAGAAGCUGGAGGGGCGGUCCGGACUUAUGCUUGUACCGUGGUGCGUAGAGCAGCUCAGGGACGGUGCUGCUCCGAUCCAGGGACUCUGAACAAGUUGACGGUGGUAGCAAGAGCGGGAGGGCGCCGGGCACUGAAAAAUGCGAGGCAGCGAAGCGUGGCCGGUUGGCUGGCGGCUCCUCAUUCACGUACUUCUGCUCUCCUUCGCUGUUGUAAAUGCAUCGAAGGUUUUGGAUGAAGUCCCUAUCCCAUUGGAUUUGGAGUCACACCAGAAUCACCAUAAUGACAAGAGGUGGGACCCAAUGUUAUCAGAUGAUGAGGACCUUACCAUGUCCGCUGAAGGCAGUGCUGAUUUUGAAGAGGGCAGCACACCAGAUGAGUUUAAUUACAGCACAGUACAAAAAACAGUUUACUACAGGGUGUUGGUGAACUUCACAAAUUCAAUCAAGUACACUCCUGAACUGGAAAAUUUUGAGUCUGCGUAUUUCAGAGAAAUAUCUGAAGGAAUCAUAGACACGCUUGAAUCUGAAUUCCUCAAGAUCUCAGGAGACCAGUCAGUCACUGUGGUAUGGAUCAGAGAAAUGGGCAAAAGUGUGAUCGUGGAGUUGGACGUGGGAUCUGACGGCAACAGCGACGAUGCGGAGAUAAAAGAUAGGCUGCUCCUGGCUGUUAAAAGUGGAUCCAUCGGCCCUUAUGAAACUUCACUUGACGGCUUCUCUUUCCGGCACCUUGGCGCAGGUAUGAUGUCAUCUCCUCGCCCAUGCCAGUCCAAUGAAUUUCUCUGUGGGUCUGGUGAGUGCGUCCCUCUUGAUUAUCGCUGUGACCUGAGAGCGGACUGCAGUGAUAUGUCUGAUGAAGACAACUGUACGGAAACAACUGAUGCCAUUCCAACUCCUCCGAUUGUCUGGCCAAUCGAACCAGGAGUCUCUAUGACGACACGUGUCAUCACCAGACCUGACAGGCCAGUACAGAUUCCCACAGUUAUUGCACCACUUAUUCCAGCCACUGGUGGUUUUAUGAGACCCUGUCCAAAAGACAAGGCUGUGUGCCAGAAUGGUCAAUGUAUCCCCAGGGACUAUCUGUGUGAUGGCGAACGAGACUGCAGCGAUGGCAGUGAUGAACUAGAUUGUGGAACACCAUCACCAUGUGAGCCUAAUGAAUUCAAGUGCAGGAACGGUCGUUGUGCUGUCAAGUUGUGGCGUUGUGACGGUGACAAUGAUUGUGGGGACAACUCUGAUGAGGAAUACUGUCCUACCAAAGGGCCUGGGGACAUGUGCGCCCCCGAGCAGUUCGUCUGUGUGUCCGACCGGGUGUGUAUUCCUGCCAGCUACCAGUGUGAUGAGGAGGCAGAUUGCCUUGAUCGCUCAGAUGAAUUUGGAUGCACCCCUCCCCAGGUGAUCACACCACCAGAAGAAACAGUGAUGGUGAAGCGUGGUGCCACCGUCACCCUCACCUGCGUGGCUGCUGGAGUCCCCACCCCCAUCAUCACCUGGAGGCUAAACUGGGGUCACAUCCCUGUCAGUAGCAGAGUUACAAUGACAAGUCAAAAUGGACAGGGCACGCUGAUCAUUAGGGAUGUCAAAGAAUCUGACCAAGGGGCGUACACCUGCGAGGCUAUCAAUGCCAGAGGGAUGAUUUUUGCAAUCCCUGAUGCAGUACUUGUUCUGAAUUCCAACUCAGGAUUCUGUUCAGAAGGUCACUUCAAUGUGGAAGGCAUUCAAUGUAUUCCCUGUUUCUGCUUUGGUCUUACGAGAAACUGUGUUCCUACAAGUCGCUACAGAGACCAGAUACAUCUUCGUUUCACAGAAGAAGAUAAUUUUAUGGGAGUGAAUGUGACGAUGCCAACCCAGCCAGCAACACUUCCGCUCUCCAGCUCUCAAAUGGUGGUGGACCCCGAGUAUGGAGAGUUUCAGCUAGUCGAUCUCUCAAGACGCUUCCUCAACCAAGAGACCUUCUGGAUUCUGCCAAAACAGUUUUUGGAAAAUAAGAUCGAUUCUUAUGGUGGUUACCUGCGCUACAAGGUUCGCUACAGUGUGCCGAGAGGACAGGUGGAGCCUGUAGGAAAACCCGAUGUUGUUAUAACAGGGAAUGGAAGAAAAUUAAUCUACAAAGACAGGAAACCUACUCAGCCCAAUAUCAUCAAUCAGAAAGAAAUUCUCUUCACUGAGGAUCACUGGCAGCAUGAGUCGGGCACUGCGGUCACCAGGGAAGAUCUCAUGAUGGCUUUGGCUAAUCUGGACAGCAUUCUUAUUCGAACAAAGUACGACAACAGGAUGGCCAGUGUCGGCUUGAGUGACAUUGUCAUGGAUACAACCAGUGUGGCGUUCACAACCCUGGGAAAACCACUACUUGUUGAGGAAUGCAGAUGCCCUCAGAGUUACAUGGGUCUUUCCUGUGAGAGCUGUGCCUCUGGAUUUAAUCGUGUUGCCACAGGCUCAUACCUUGGUGUAUGUGAUGGCUGUAGCUGCAAUGGUCAUGCUAGCACCUGUGACAAGGUUACUGGGUACUGUCUGAACUGCCAGCAUAACACAGAGGGCCCACAGUGUGACAAGUGCAAACCAGGGUUUUUUGGCAAUCCCACCCGUGGAACUCCCAAUGACUGCAUGCCCUGCCCCUGCCCGUUCAUUGAAUCCAACAGCAGGUUUUCAGACAGCUGCUUCCUGGAUACAGAUGGUCGUCCCACCUGUGACGCCUGUCAGGCUGGCUACACUGGGCGACGAUGUGAAACUUGUGCUGUUGGUUACACUGGAAACCCAAUGACUCCAGGUGGAAAAUGCACAUUAACUGCAGGUGAAAUUGCAAAGUGUGACAGCAAAGGAACUGACGUCACAAAUCUAUCGACAGGAUAUUGUGUGUGCAAGCCCAAUGUUGUUGGAAGAUUCUGUAACGAAUGCAAAAAGGGAUCCUUCAAUUUAGAUGAGUCCAAUGUGGACGGCUGCCUGAAAUGCUUUUGCAUGGGGAACAGCAAAGACUGCGCUAGUUCAUCUUGGCACAGAGACCAGGUGCGGGGAGGUUUUCAUGCCCAGGAGCAGAAUCUUUAUGCCUUGAGCAAUUUGGCAGACUCUCGUAGGACGUCUGAAGGAAUUCGGUUCAGUGCUUCAAAUGAGCUGACUUUUUCAGCUUUUGCCACGAUCCCGCGAGACAUCUACUAUUUAGUUCUGCCUGAGCAUUUUAAGGGUGAUAAGGUUACUUCCUAUGGAGGGAAAUUACAAUACACCAUCCUACACAGAAUCUAUCCUGGUGCCUCACUUGUCACUGGACUCCCGGAUGUAAUUCUACAAGGCAACAACAUAUUCCUGGAGCACUACACCAGGAGACCGGAACAGGGUGUACACACCACCAUUACAGUCCCUUUUAAAGAAACGGAAUGGCGCCGUGCAGAUGGACAACCUGCCACCAGAGAAAACCUCCUAAUGGCUUUGGCUGAUAUUAAGCUUUUCAUGAUCCGAGCAAGUUAUUCUGAAGGAGCAACUGAGACUAGGAUUUCCAAGAUCCUUAUGGAUGUUGCAGUCCCACAUUCUACUGGGCAAGAACAGGCUGUAGAGGUUGAGGAAUGCGUCUGCCCAGAAGGCUACAGAGGAUCAUCGUGCCAGGAAUGUGACUUUGGCUACAUACGGAAAACAAAUGGCCUUUACCUGGGGACAUGCGAGCGCUGUGAUUGCAAUGGUCAUUCCAACUGUGAUGUCAAAACGGGAAAAUGCCUGGUAUGCAAACACAACACCCAGGGCCAAAGAUGUGAGCAGUGUUUGCCGGGUUUCUAUGGUGAUGCCACAAUUGGAAAGCCAGACGACUGUCAACCUUGUCCCUGCCCAGGAACAACCACCUCAGAUCAGUUUUCAUCGACUUGUUUCUUGGAUUCAGAUGGAAAGUCAACAUGUAAUAAUUGCCCAAGUGGCUUCGGAGGCAGGAACUGUGAAAGAUGUGCUCCAGGAUACACUGGGAAUCCCGUAAUUGGGCAACGUUGCAUCAUUGCAGACCGUUGUACUUGUGACUGGAGAGGCAGCACUGAAACUCAAUGUGAUGCUGAUGGAAACUGCCCAUGCAAGCCUAACGUGGAAGGCCAGACUUGUGACAGUUGCAAACAUGGUCAUUUCUUCCUGAGUGCAGACAACAGAGAAGGAUGCCUGCCAUGUUUCUGUAUGGGCGUGACCCAGAAAUGCAGCAGCUCGUCGUACUACAGGAAACUGGUUACCAGCCCAUUUAUUCCACCAAAUAACUUCCAGAACUUCUCCUUGGUGAGCCGGCAGCGCACGACACACAUUGACUCUGGAUUCACGGUGACUGUGCGGGAGGGCCAGCCACAGCUCUCCUUUGGACGUUUUGGGCAGUACACCCAGGAGUCCUACUACUGGCAGCUUCCAGAAGCAUUUCAAGGGGACAAGGUGACAUCCUAUGGUGGACUGCUUCGAUAUACCCUCUCCUACGACUCGGGGUUCCGGGGUACCACAGUCCUGGAUGCAGAUGUCCAGAUCAUUGGUAAUGACAUCACAUUAGUCACCUACCACACUCACCAGCUGCAGCCGGGAGAGACCAGGACCUUUGAAGUCAUGUUCAAGGAGCAAUUCUGGAAACGUCCGGAUGGGCAGCCUGCCACCCGGGAACACCUGCUGAUGGUCCUGGCCGAUCUGGAUGAAGUUCUCAUCCGAGCCACCUAUUCGACAGAGAUGAUCUCAGCCAGCCUGUCUGACGUGAGCAUGGAGAUCGCGGUGCCCUUCUACACCGGCCUAGCGCCAGCCCGAGAGGUGGAGGAAUGUCACUGUCCACCAGGCUACCACGGCCUGUCUUGUCAGGACUGUGCACCUGGUUACACGAGGACUGGAGGAGGUCUGUACCUGGGACACUGUGAGCGGUGCGACUGUAAUGGACACUCGGACACUUGCCAUCCGGAGACUGGUGCUUGCGUGAACUGUUUACAUAACACUGCUGGGGAGUUCUGUGCUCAUUGCGCCCUUGGGUAUUAUGGUGAUGCCACAACCAGUACUCCAGAGGAUUGCCAACCCUGUGCUUGUCCUCUGACAAUCCCAGAAAACCAGUUCUCAUCCAUCUGUGUGAGCAAUGGUGUGGGUGGUUACACGUGUUCAGCUUGUCUACCGGGCUACACCGGGCAGCACUGUGAAAGCUGUGCUCCUGGGUAUACUGGAAAUCCUAGAAUUCCAGGACAGAGGUGCCUUCCGAUUGAUCACAAUCCUUUUGUGGUUAGUAUUAUCCCUCAGAAAGUGGAAGUGCAGCAAGGUGGCACAGUGACUCUGAAGUGCCAGGUCAUUGGUCAAGCUCCUUUCUACUACUACUGGAGCAGAGCUGAUGGUCAGGCCCUGUCCAGCCGCGUUCAGCAAAGUGGCCAAGGAGAAGAGCUUUGGAUCCGUAAUAUCACUCCAUCUGAUGCUGGGAUUUAUAUAUGUACAUGCCAAAAUUUAGAGCGCACCAAUUCAAGUCAGGUUGAAGUCAUUGUUUCCGCCCCUUCUUUCAAACCCAUAACUGUGACAGUGGAAGAACCAAAGACACAGACUGUGAGAACUGGCGUCACUGUCAGUUUCAUCUGCACGGCAAAGAGUCAGUCCCCAGCAUACACACUGGUGUGGACCCGGCAGCUUGGAGGCAAACUGCCAAGCGCUGCAGUGGACUUCAAUGGAAUCUUGACCAUACGUAAUGUUCGUCCAGAGGAUGCUGGCAUAUAUGUCUGCACGGGCUCCAACAUGUUUGCGAUGGACGAAGGGACAGCUGUCCUACACGUGUCAGCUACAUCACAGAUCCAGUUUCAGGCAUUUGAAACAGUAGGAUACAGUCAACCAACAGCACCUGUAGCCACCAUCGAACCUACCAUCCUUAGAGUUAAACAGGGACAGACUGCUGAGUUCCGAUGCAGUGCAACUGGGAAUCCUCCUCCCACCUUGGAAUGGUUCGGAGGUCAAGGUAAUAUUAUUUCACCAAAUGCAGUAAUUCAGGGUGGACUCCUCCGUAUCGUCGCUACAGAGCAUUCUGAUGAAGCAGAGUAUUCUUGCAAAGCAUCAAACAGUGCUGGACACCACAUCGCCACAGCAAUUCUCUAUGUGCAAAGUGUUGGUAACAUGCCUCAGGUGCAAGUCAGUCCCCAACGGGUCGAGGUCCCAGAGGGUGAUACAGUAAGGUUGUACUGUCGAGCAGGAGGACAUCCUUCGCCAACACUCACAUGGAAGAAACAUGGAGGAGAACUGCCACCCCAGGCCAAGAUUGAACAUACUAACAUUGGGACUCUCAUUAUCCCCUCGAUCACGGCUGCCCAAGCCGGUGUCUACCUGUGUGUGGGAACCAAUGUGGUGGGCUCCUCGGAAGGUCGCAUCGAAGUCACAGUCUUUGCUUCUGAAGGAUCUGUGCCCUUGGUUCGUAUUCAUCCUUCCCCUGCUACAGUAACUGAGGGAGAGAAGCUGGAGUUACUCUGUCAAGUGACCGGAGACCCUCAGCCUGAGAUCACAUGGCGUAGGUCACAUGGUUAUCUGACUGCCAAUCACCAGGUUCACGGCCCCUUGCUGCGCAUCCAACAGGCAAGCCAAGCUGACACCGGGGAUUACAUCUGUCACGCUGAGAACAGCCUUGGGAUGCAGGAUGUGGCAGUGUCUGUUUCAGUCACACCUGUGAGAGGAACUUCGCCAACGGUGAGGGUUUACCCGUCUCCAAGCACUGUAACCGAGGGAGAAAUGCUGGAGUUGCACUGCCAGGUCACAGGUUAUCCACAGCCCAGGAUCACAUGGCACAGGGCAGGUGGCUCUCUGACAGCCAAUCACCAGGUUCAGGGUUCUGUGCUGCGCAUCCUUCACAUGAUGCCUUCUGACAUCGGGGAUUACAUCUGCCGUGCUGAAAAUAUCCUUGGAUCACGGGAGGUCAAAUUCACUGUCUCUGUCACCGCCUCACCCUCACAAAGUCAGCCCCCGACUGUGAUGGUUUACCCCUCUCCCACCUCUGUAACUGAGGGAGAAAUGGUGGAGUUGCAUUGCCAGGUAACAGGACGCCCACAGCCAAGGAUCACAUGGUACAGGACGGGCAGCUCUCUAACCAGCAAUCACCAGGUGCAGGGUCCUGUGCUGCGCAUCCUUCACAUGACUCCCGCGGACAUUGGGGUUUACAUCUGCCGCGCUGAAAACGUCCUUGGAAUGCAGGAGGUCAGAUUCUCCGUCUCCAUCACUUCAACGUCACAAAGUCAGCCCCCGACUGUGAUGGUUUACCCCUCUCCCACCUCUGUAACUGAGGGGAAGAUGGUGGAGUUACAUUGCCAGGUCACAGGACAACCACAGCCCAGGAUCACAUGGUACAGGACGGGCAGCUCUCUAACCAGCAAUCACCAGGUGCAGGGUCCCGUGCUGCGCAUCCUUCACGUGACUCCUGCUGACACCGGGGAUUACAUCUGCCGUGCCGAAAAUGUUCUUGGAAUGCAGGAAAUCAAAUUUUCUGUCUCCAUCACUUCAACGCCACAAAGUCAGCCCCCGACCGUGAUGGUUUACCCCUCUCCCACCUCUGUAACCGAGGGAGAAAUGGUGGAGUUGCAUUGCCAGGUCACAGGACACCCACAGCCCAGGAUCACAUGGUACCGGACGGGCAGCUCUCUAACCAGCAAUCACCAGGUGCAAGGUCCCAUGCUGCGCAUCCUUCACAUGACUCCUGCUGACACUGGGGAUUACAUCUGCCGUGCUGAAAAUGUUCUUGGAAUGCAGGAAAUCAAAUUUUCUGUCUCCAUCACUUCAACAUCAGAAAGUCGGCCCCCGACUGUGAUGGUUUACCCCUCUCCCACCUCUGUAACCGAGGGAGAAAUGGUGGAGUUGCAUUGUCAGGUCACAGGACACCCACAGCCCAGGAUCACAUGGUACCGGACAGGCAGCUCUCUAACCAGCAAUCACCAGGUGCAAGGUCCCGUGCUGCGCAUCCUUCACGUGACUCCCGCGGACGUUGGGGAUUACAUCUGCCGCGCUGAAAAUGUCCUUGGAAUGCAGGAGGUCAGAUUCUCCGUCUCCAUCACUUUGACAACACAUGGAACAGCUCCCAAAGUGAGGGUUUACUCCUCUCCUGACAAAAUAACAGUUGGAGAAAUGCUGGAGUUACACUGCCAGGCCACUGGACAACCGGAACCCAGGGUCACAUGGUACAGGACGGGUGGUCUAACAACCAAUCACCAGGUGCAGGGUCCCGUGCUGCGCAUCCUUCACGUGAGUCCCGCUGACACUGGGGAUUACAUCUGCCGUGCCGAAAACGCCCUUGGAAUGCAGGAGGUCAAAUUCUCCGUCUCGGUCAGCUCCACACCAUCCUACUAUGAAGGUCCACCAAUAGUGAGAGAGCAGCCCACACCCACCUCGGUAAGAGAAGGAGGCAUGCUGGAGUUACAUUGCCAGGUCACAGGGCAGCCAGAGCCCAUGAUCACAUGGUACAAGUUGACAGGUCCUCUCACCGAUAGACAUCAGGUGGAGGGGUCGGUACUGCGGAUUCUGCAGGUGACUCCUGAAGAUGUUGGGGAUUAUGUCUGCCGUGCUGAAAACAUCUUUGGAAUGGAACAACUGACGUUUCCAGUCUUGCUCAUCUCCACCUCAUCCAGGGACCAGUUACCUGUUAUAAUGCCUGGGCCACGGGAUGUUACAGAAAUUGAAGGCAAUGAUGUGACCCUUAAGUGUCAAGUUUCGGAGGGAGCUCGGCCAUUCACGAUAGAGUGGAAAACUCCUCAUCAACGCCAACCAGACAAUAUGAAGAUCAGUGGUGAUGGCUCUGUCAUAACCAUCAGUAGGAUUAGCCAACAAGACCAAGGCCAGUACAAGUGUGUGGCUCGCAAUCGGUUUGGGUCGGCAUUCAGAAUAACGACUCUGAUCGUGCAAGGGCCUCCCACUGUGUCCAUCUCUCCCCAAGGUCCAGUCCGGCUCGGUGUGGGCAAUUCCAUUACACUGGAGUGUGUAGGUAUGGGAGAGCCUCGUCCUACAAUAAGCUGGCAUCGGGUUAAUGGCAGGACAAGGAACAACUUGGGGAGACGGGUGCUAAAGGAAGGCGAUCCCAUCCUGACAAUUACUUCUGCCCGGCUGCAGGAUUCUGGAAUCUACUCCUGCAGGUCAACGAAUAUGUUUGGAAAAGCAGAAGCACAGGUGGAGGUGAUAGUCGAACGUUCAGCCUCCACACCGCAAGCUCCUCAGGUUACUGCAGAGGAACCUUCAAUAACCACCACUGCAGGCCAGACUGUCACCCUGCGUUGUUCAGCUACUGGUUAUCCCACUCCAAUUAUUCAGUGGUCUAAACUGCGGGCCCCAUUGCCAUGGCAACACAAGAUUGUUGAUGGAUCAUUGGUCAUUCCUCAUGUGGGCCUGCAGGACUCCGGCCAGUAUAUCUGCAAUGCCUCCAAUUCUGCUGGAUUCAAUGAGCUCUUCAUAAUGCUGGAUGUCGAAACUACACCGUAUGCCACCUUUGAUGUCGAGACUGUCACCAUCCGUGUGGGUGAGAUUAUCCGACUGCACUGCCUUUCCCAAGGAACCCCACCAAUCACAUAUGAAUGGUCUAAAGUAAAUGGAACCUUACCUGACCGGGCAAUCAAACGCAAUGGAAUCCUGCAGAUUAACCUCGCUGUGGUGUCUGACUCGGGCAAGUACCGGUGUCUGGUGAAGAACAGAGUUGGUGAAAGUGAUGCAUUUGCAACAGUAACUGUGAAAUCUCCCCCGGCUGCACGAGUAUCUCCACAGAUUGAGGUGAAAAACAUCGGUGGUACUGUGGAAUUCACCUGCUCCGUUAUUGGUCACCCACCACCCAAGAUCGAGUGGUUGAAGGAAGGAGGUCACCUGCCACUAAAUCACAAAAUCACCAAAGGAGUUUUGAGAAUUCAAAACAUACAAGAAGGAAAUGAAGGAGUUUACAUCUGCAGAGCAUCUAACCAGUUUGGACGGGCACAGGACAGUGCCAAACUGGUCAUCCAAGCUCUACCCAUUGUCAUGAUAAACGUAAGAACAUCCAUGCAGAUGGUAAUGGUUGGUGGCUCGGUGGAAUUUGAAUGCCAAGCAAUUGGAGAUCCCCAGCCUUUCGUCCAGUGGAGUAAGGUGGAGGGAGCAAUGUCGGCUGAAGUUCUUAUUCGGAAUGGAAUGCUGAAGAUUGAGUAUGUGAAGGAGUCUGAUGCUGGACGUUACAGGUGUACAGCCACCAAUGAUGCGGGAUCUGUCCAGUCCGAGGUGGUUCUGUAUGUACAGACCGUUCCCAUGAUUGCCCCUCACCCAGAACUGAAAGAAGUUGCCAUCGGAUCCACUGCUGUCUUCCCUUGUCUAGCCUCGGGCUUCCCAUUACCAGAGAUAACCUGGAGUAAGUUGGAGGGAGACCUCCCCCCUGGGGCUUACGUUGAGAACAACGUGUUGACCAUACCAUCUGCUGGCCCUGAACAUACUGGAACGUAUGUCUGCACGGCCACUAAUGAACAAGGAACUGAGACAGCCUACGCAAUGCUAAAAGUCCGAGAACGCAAGAUCCCAUACUUCACGCGACACUCCUACAUUGCUGUGCCUACCAUAAAAGAUGCCUACCAUGAGUUUGAAAUCAAAAUAACAUUCCGACCGGAUGCAGCUGAUGGUAUGAUCAUAUACAAUGGACAAAAGAAGACAACUGGAGCAGAUUUCAUCUCUUUUGCUUUAGUGGGAGGCAGACCUGAAUUCAGGUUUGAUGUGGGAUCUGGCAUGGCUACCAUCCGCCAUCCAAAUCCCAUCAGUCUGGGAGAAUAUCACACUGUGGUGUUGUAUCGGAACUUAACUCAGGGCUCCCUGUUCGUGGACAGCAAUCCUCCUACCAAUGGCAGCUCUCAGGGGAAUUUCCGAGGCCUGGAUUUGAAUGAAGGCCUGUACAUUGGUGGAUAUCCCAACUUCGAUAACAUUUCAAAAGUAACUGGAAGUAACAGUGGAUUCAUGGGUUGCAUCCGCCAGCUCAUCAUUCAAGGUGAUGAGGUGAUCUUCUCAGCUCCAGACCUGAAAACCAAGGGAAUAUCCAACUGUCCCGUCUGCAAAGAUAAUCCUUGCAAGAAUGGAGGUCAAUGUGUCGACUCUGAGACCAGCAGCUAUGUGUGUCACUGCAGGGAAGGGUUUACUGGGAGCAAUUGUGAACAUUCACAGGCUCUACACUGUCACCCAGAGGCUUGUGGUCCAGAUGCAACUUGUGUGAACAGACCGGAUGGCCUCGGUUACACCUGCCGCUGCCACCUUGGUAAAAGUGGGUCAAAGUGUAUGGAUGGUGUCUUGAUUACAGCUCCUUCCUUCAGAGGGGGUGAUUCCUUUGUGACAUAUCCACCACUGACAAAUGUUCACAAUGAGUUGACAAUUGAGCUGGAGUUCAAACCUCGCUCGCCUACAGGCCUUAUGUUCUACAGCAGCGGGAAGAGGAUGAAAAUGAAUGACUUCAUCUCUAUUGCCAUGCUCAAUGAGCACGUGGAAUUCCGCUAUGACUUGGGAUCAGGAUUAGCUAUUCUGAAGAGCAUCAACCCAGUGUCUCUCCACAAAUGGCACCGGCUAAGAGCAUACCGACAUGACAGGAAUGGCUCAUUGACUGUCGACAAAGAAGAAGAGGUCCGAAAUGUCUCUCCAGGAAAAAGCCAAGGCCUUAAUCUUCGAAGCCCCAUGUAUCUUGGUGGUGUGUCAAGGUCAGAGAUUCUUCCUAAAGCGAUCAAUGUAACAGAAGGAAUUGAUGGAUGUAUUGCCAAGGUGUCGAUCAAUGGGAAGAAAGUGGACAUCUCCUACACAUUUACUGAGAGCCGAAAUGUGGAUCAGUGUUAUGACAACUCACCAUGUGACCGUGAGCCUUGCCUGAACGGUGGAAGGUGUCUGAUGACUGGAGAGUACGAGUAUCAGUGCAUCUGCACAAGUGAAUAUCAGGGUGUACACUGUGAAAUUUUUCAAGAUAGCUGCCUAGAGGGGAACCCAUGUAUGAACGGAGGGACAUGUGAGAAGAACCGUUGUCUAUGUCCCAUGGGAUACACUGGAUUAUACUGCGAGCAAGAUUCACCUGUGCAGUAUGGAGCUCUCUUCCACAGUGGGGGAUACAUCGUUCUACCAAAACAAAUGUUCUCACGCAGUUCCCCAUCUGCCCCUGAAACCAUUGAAAUGGAAGUUCGCACAACAACACUCAAUGGCCUCUUGCUCUGGCAGGGUGUGAAACACGGGGAAAGUGGAAAAGGAAAAGACUACGUCACUCUGGGACUCCAGAAUGGGCACGUGCUCUUCAGUUACCAGUUGGGAAGUGGUGAAGCUAAUAUUCUCUCAGAAGAUCCAAUCAAUGACGGGGAAUGGCAUACAUUAAUUGCUGUGCGCGAGGGCAAGUCAGGAUAUGUCCAAGUGGAUGGUGGUGAGAUUGUGCGAGGGGAGUCUAAAGGUGACAAGGUCAUGGUGAACACCAAUGGGAGCAUCUAUCUGGGUGGAGCUCCAGAUGCCAAAUACUUCACAGGGGGAAAGUUCACGUCUGGAAUUACUGGCUGCAUCAGGAAAGUGGUCCUUGUAAAUAAACGACCUGGACAACAUCGGGUUCAGCCAGUUGAUCUGCAGGUUCACGCUGAGGGAGGUGUAAAUGCUGAAGAGUGUCAGUCGUAGACAAUCACAAUUCACUGAAGGCAAAGUAGAGACUUCUGGGGAGAGAUGCUUUGCUGCUAUUAAAUUGGAUUGUUUUCUGUUCUUUAAUGCAGUCCAUUUUAACCAAAAAAUCAUCGCAACGUCAUCUAAUUGUAUUCUGAUGAAUGAAGGUUUCGACGACUUAGAUUGAUUUAUUUUGUACUACAACAGCCAUACAAGAACACACGCAUUAUCCUUCAAGGCUGAUGAUCCUAUGGAUUUAGGUUGCUCUAGCACUGAAAUUUGGAACAUAGGUCAACAAGAACAACUAGGAAUCUCUCUGCUACUGAGGUCUCUGGGUUUUAAGGCACACUGGCCCGGUUUGUCUCUACUUAUUUAGCCCCUUUUCAUUUAAGGAAAAGGUUCACAAUUUGGAUACCUGAAAGUUUUGUGCAAAGGUAUUGAAUGGCUGGUCCUCAAAGGAGCUUUAUCAUUGUACGUGAAAUGUUAAUAAUUUUAAUUGGUACCAAUUGCAGCCAUUCUAACUGACAGAAGUAACACAGUUAUCAACUCUUCCUUGUGUAUCACUGACUUACCAAUUGUUCAGCAAUGCCAAAGUCCAAGAUUGUGCUCAAACUUGGCUCUGGAUCAUCUGGUGUAUAUGUUGGAAUGACAGGUAUUAAGUACAGUUUAAUAGUCAGAAGAAGAUGAUUUGGAUUGCAAAGAAACAAUGUCAGUGAAGGAUUAGGAAUCCGGUGGGAGCUGGACAGAGAACUGUCAGUGACAACAUCUUAAAGGAAAGGAGAAAAUAUCACUAAAGAUUCUUCUGUAAGUUGGUUUCCCAUUAGAGAUCAAGAAGUUGAGAGUCCAGCAGGCCAAUAUGAGAAAUAGAGUUAACUGUUUUUGUUCCUUUCUAUUGUAAAAAGGUUCAGUUGUGGCUUUGGCACAGUUUGGAAUGGACCUUGUCAGAGGCUUCUUCAUUCAAGGGUCCUGACUGCUCUAUUUAUAAAGCCUUUUACAAAGGCAUUCAGUUCAAGGCAGUUAUAGUUUUAAAUAAAGGAAUUUGGCAAAUACCAGAGUUUAAAUCAACAAACCAUUAAAGGACAUUGUCUUUAAAAGAUUUAACUAGCUUUUCAAUAGUUUCUAUGUAUGGAAUGAGCUGCAUUAACCUGCAAGACAAUGUGAUGAAAGCUUUGACACUAAGUUAUACUGUAGUAUCUCCCAAUGUCCCUUCAAGUCACAACUCAGACACUUGACAAAGUACUGGUUGUUUUUAUGUUAAUCGCUUCCUUUAGAAAGCAAAAGGGGAAAAAUAAUCCAGCAAAAUAGAAUCUUCGGAAUCUUGUUCUCUUUGAGAGUUGUUUUAUUGGUAUAAGUGGAAAUCCUGAUCAGAAUAGGCUUUAAGGGGAAAAGUGUUUCUGUUUUUUAAGCGAGGUACACUUAAUGCAAAGGGGCACCAUUAACUUCAGCAUUCAGAUCCAGUCUUCCAGACAGGAAAGCUAUUUUUGAACUGUUGGUAAGUCAUUGCCAUAUAUAUAGCAAGGAAACAAUGAACUUAAGCUGUCAAUAUACCAUCCCCAAUUAAAGUGCAAGGAUAAGUUCAGGCUAAAUAAAAGAUUGAAAUUUUAUUUUUAAAAGUGUUCCAAUUCUGAAUUCAUUGAUUAAUUAACUAGCCAUCUUGUGAACCUUUUGUGAAAAUUGUUUGCUGGAGACAUUAACAACAUAUUUUUAAAGGCAAUGCUUUAUUAGAACUACUGAUAUCUCUCACUCUCUUGCUGUUUUUCCUCCCUCCACUCUCUCUUUUCCUCCCUCCAUCCUCUCUCAUUCUCUCUUUUCCUCCCUCCACUUUCUAUUGCUCUCUCUCUCCCCCCCCCCCAUCUUCCUCCCUCCCUAAGGCAGACUCACGCAACAUAUGUUAGUACUUAAUAUUUAUCUGUUCAUUUAAUUAUAUGUACAGCACCCUUUGAAUGUUAUUGUAAUAUUUCAUCAUUUUCUGUUUCUUUUAAUCAAAGGCAUUCUCUUCCAUUAAUUGCAGUAUUAAUGAGACCUGAUUCCUCAAUUAGAGAAUCAGUAUUUCAGCUACCAAUUUAAUAGUAUGUUACUAUACAAUUCAGCAGAUUUGCAGCAACAUUUUGAUUUUGUGUGUGUGUGGAAAGCCAUAAAGAAUUAAUAAUCUUACUCUUGUUAAAAUAGAAUAAUUUAUAAAGGCUUCAUUUUUCUUCACAUCGUUGCUUGUUAGUGAGAUGCCUAUGGCUUCACAGUAGAAAGUUUAAGUAAUUAAUUUUCAUUCUGAUUUAGAAAGAUAUAUAUGAAGAAUUCCACUCCUAUAUUACAUCACUUUCACUUGAGCACUAACGCUGCAGGCUAGAAACAAGACUCAAUUCCAUGGUCACUUUGAAAUGCUUCCUGGAAUGCAAUUUCACUUAUGAUCCAGUAAACCUUCUCAGACAGAUGUUAUGUUUUAUUUUAAGUCAAUCUGAUGAGCUGACAGGUGGGGCAGGGUUGGAAAAGGAGGGGUAACAUGUACCUGGGUCAAAAUCACUCUUCACAAAUCAUUGGAAGCCUAUUUUUGUUGGCAGGUGAUACUGGCUGGUUCCAGACUAAAAGCAGUAACAUAAUACAAUCUUUCAACAAACAAUUAAUAGUUUAAAACGCUUUCCUAUAUUCUCUCACUGGGGAAGUAAUUUGUGUCUCCCCAGACAUUAUUACACAGAUAUGUAAAAUGCAACUUUUAAUGAUUUUAAGCAUUUUGUUUAGCCACAUUUUGUUAAUUUGAUUUCUUAGUUCCACUGUGGUUAAAAUAUACAGUGAAGCAGCCACAUGGAUAAGCAGUGAUACAAUCAGGUGCUCUAGGUAUAUUGAAAGGCAUCAUUUACUUUCAACACUUAGUCCCAGUUAAACGGAUGCAAUAAUUUUAUACUUUCUCACUGUGAUUUCCCAUAAAUUUGUUGGCGGACUGGCUGCAGCCAGUCAGCUUGUAUGUUGUGUGUAGUGCUUGCGACUCAGUCCCUAUAACCAAACAAUGAAGAGAAAAUGUGAAUCAAGCAGAUAGAAGCCUGUGACUCUUAAGCAGAUUGAUUCCUUGUCUUUGUUUAAAUAUGGAAAUGGGAGCACUCGUCAUCCUCCAGAACAUUCACUGGCAGAACUAAUGAUAAUUCUAACAGCCCAACUAGCCAUAUCCACAUUCUGUUUGUUGUAUUAACCCACUAAAGAACUUUGAAGGAUAUACAGUAUUUUUAUAUAAUAAAGGCCUUGCAAUGUAGAUUGUUACAUCAAAUUAUAGUCCAUUUUGGAGGUGUUUUAGUGACCUAGGCAAUGGGAAGUAAGGAUAAAACUGAAGUAUUAAUCGGUGAUCUUUUCAAAGUUGAACAAAGUAAUCUCCAUAUUUUCAGGCUUCUUUCAUUUGGAGUCAGUGUGAAUUUUAGUUAACAAUAAUUUAAUAGAGACAGUGAAAACCCAGUUGGUGGUCCAGAUACAAAACAUAUUUAAAACUUCCUCUAUCAAAGGCAGGGACUGCUGCAGAGUUGUUAAACAAUACAUAGACCAAGAGACCUGGAUUUAAGUCUGUUCUCUCCCAACCUGUGGUAAAUAAAAAAGGUUGAGGAAAUGUAUUAGUGUAGAUAAUGUGGUGAGUGCAGAUGCAGUUAACUUUAUUUCUGUGUUGAAUCACUGUGACUCUAUGACCAUCCCUUUGGUGUUGAGAGACAGUGCUAUAAAGUACAUUGAAUGGCCAUUGAAGUUUUUACUUCCAAUAGACAAGGUAUUCGCUGUUUAAUAGCUUAAGACAUCCCAUAAAACAAAACUCCAGCAUGAGAAAUUUAUGGACUCAACGUUGUUAGCCUCAAGAUGGAAAAAUAUAUGAACUAUUCAAAAUAAAAGAAUACUUAUUAAAAUUUGGCAGAUUUGAAAUAGUCUGUCUUCCACUCUGCUGUAGUUUAGCCAGAAAAACAGUUUAUAUCUCUAAAGUUAUUAUACAUCUAACUCAUCUUGCUCCAUUGUUUUCCCCAAGCCAAAUCUGGUAACAGUUUGAUUUUCCAUGGUUGUGUCCACCUCUGUCUCUACAGCCCAUCACUAUGGUGCACCAUUUACUAUCAUCACCUCAACAGUUUACAAGCAAGGAGAAGCCAUCAGACUCAGAUCUUGUGGCAGUUCACGCCACACUGUUGUUUUACGUAGUCCAGUUCCAUCAGUUACACCCAGCUCCUGCACCAGGAUCACUGAUUGUUCCUGUAACCUGUUAAAAAGUGAUAGUCACAGAAACAGGCUCAUCCAGACUAUGCCAGCCUGUUUUUCUGCCUAGAACCAUAAACUUGCACCCAGACUGUAGCAGUCCAUACUUCCUCAUCCAUUUACCCACCUAUCCAAGCUUCUCUUAAAUGUGGCAAUUGAAACAGCAAUUAAAUUCCUCCCUCAGCUUCCACUCAAAUUUUUUGCUGUCUAAUUCUCGUCUCAUUCAAUCUUGGGGGAAACACCUGCAUAUAUUAACCCUUUCUACACCACAUAUAAUGUUGUAUACCUUUAAGUUUUCCACUCAUUCCUCUACUCUCCAAGGAAUAAAGUCCUAACCUAUUAAACCGCCCCCUAUAACUCAGGCCCUCAAGUCCCAGCAACAUCCUUGCAAGUUUGUAAAUUUUCUUUGCAUUCUUUCAAGCUUAUUGAGACCCUUCCCAUAGAGAGGUGACAAGAGCUUCACACAGAACUCCAAAUUUGGCCUCACCAGCAUCUUGUACAACUUCAACAUAACAUCCCAACUCCUAAAUUCAGUGUUCUAAUUUAUGGUCAAUGUGCCAACAACUCGAUUUAUUACUCAAUCUACUUGUGUCCUCUCCACUGUGCCUUCAACUCUACAAUCCACCUACACACUAGGGGCAAUUUAGAGUCACAACGUAACUCAAUGACCUGCAUAUCUUUGGAAUGUGGGAGGAAAGCAGAGUCCCAAGGAAAGCCCCACCCUGUCAAAGGCAGAAACACAAACUCCUUACAGAUAUCACCACCAAGCAACUAAAGUCAGGGGAGAUGUAAGCUAGCCUGGUAAAAUAUGUGAAUAGGGAAGGAAUAGAUUUUUAAAGAGAUUAAGUUUCUCUGCUUUGGAUUAGGUUAAUCUCUGGCUCAGUUCUAGCUAAUAAUAGAGCAAGCAGCUGACUAGCUGAAGCAGUAUGGAAAACAAGAAGAACAUUGUUAGAACUGUCACUCUGAGUUUAGCAACAGUAGCCCAUGAUUUUUUUUGCAACAUGAUUCUAAAGUUGGACCUACCAAACUGCGAUUUUCAUGGCUCAUUCCAAAAUAAUGAGGCAGCUUCAGAUUUAUCCAGUUACUUCCCAAAUCACCACUUCUUAAUUUUGGACCAUCAAGUACAAAACUCCUACCUCAGUCACUGUGACAACAGAGCACGGGAUGUGCACAAGGUGCUAACAGUCAUCUUUCAGGUUUUUAUCUGAGGUGUCCCAUUUUACCAAGAAACAGUUACUUGUCAGUUUAAAAUUGUUCAGAAAUCAUUGCAUCCUUGGGCAUUUAUAAAGAAAAAUGCCCUGGAAAGAGUGCUCCUCGUGAUUAGAAAAGAUUCACUUUGGAGUGCAAUGAUAAAUAGGAUUGCAGAAACUGUGGCAGAAGCAGAGAGUAGGCAUAAGCUAUUCUUAUAUAAGCUACACACAGCAAUAUAUUUGUCUAUAACAUCAGGGAAAGCAGAACAGGCAUAAAGUGUAGCACAUCUGUACAAAGCUGUCACAGAGGGGUUGUAACAGUCUGGGUAGCACGGCCUGGUGAGAAAAGUAACUGAUAAAGAGCUCAGAACUGUUUUAAGAUGUUUUUAAAAUAGUCCUGGCAACUAUAUAUCAAAAAUGCCAAUUGUUUGGUGCUUAAGCAGGUUCCUUGGGAUUUCCAUUUGAACCUACCAUUGCUGUCUGUGUUCAAUGCAUUUUAUUUAAACAAUAAAAGCUUUUUAAUUCA